AUGAAAGGUGUUUUAGAACUCGUCUUGCUAGCGGCAUGUUUGACAACAGCCUCAGCGUAUACGGAUAUCGAUGACAACUACGACUAUGAAACAGUUCUGAAAAACGUGACGCUACUUACAGAGUUCCUUGGCUGUUUCCUCGACAAGAACCCUUGCUCAGAUGUAGAGCAGCAUAUCAAAAUUCACUUAUACGACGCGGUAGUAAACCUGUGUGCUAACUGCGACGAUAUACAACGACACUACGCGCGGGCCAUGGACGAGGUUAUGAAAGCGAAGUAUCCAGUAGAAUACGAGAAGUACAAAAAGAAGUAUGAUCCAGAGGGAAACCAUUAUAAUCUGUUUCUGAAGGCUAUAGCGAAGUAUUAG